AUGUCGUCAACAAGCUCUGAUCGGCGCGAGAGUCGCGCGAUUAUGGAUUUCAACAUAUCGAAGACGGUGUGCGCACUGCUGGCUCUCAGCAGCCUUGCCUCCGGACGCCAACGUGAUCAACUCGACUAUAUCAUCGUGGGCGGUGGCAUAGCCGGGUUGGUUGUCGCAGAGGAGCUGUCACAGAACCCCAAUGUUAGCGUGACGCUUCUGGAAGCUGGACCAGACGGCACUAAGGGCCUGUUCAAUAACAUAUGGACCAACCUGCGACAGGUUAGUCGACAUGUUCUGCGGCAUACGAAAUUUGCGCCAAACGGCGUAUGUCGUACUCUCUUAACCCUCGCAGGUUUCCGGUCGUGCUAG